GUGUUCUUGGCUAUUUUCUGCUCGGCCUUGCGGUGGUUUUUUUCUCGACUAGUAUAGAGCGUCGCAGCGGCGGCCCUUUCCCCUGCUCUUUCCUUGUUUAAUUCGGCAUAGAUCCAUCCCGUGAUUCGCAAAAUCGCUCUAUCGAUCCAACCACAAGUAUAUAUAUUGCGUGGCCAGUCCAAUCCAACAAAUUUGCUCGUAGCUCUUUUGUUUCUUUGUUGUUGUUGCUGGCUGCUGGCCAGGGUUUAAACUCUGCGAGCACUGCAAGGCCUUCCUGAGUGUGUGUCUCAGUGAAAGAAGAGAGAAAAAAAACUCCACUCCACUUCUCUCCACGCAUAGAUACAGCCGGAGUGUGUAAAGCUAGUUUUUCGAAUAGUAGUAAGCAGCAGUAGAAGAGGAAGAAGGAGAAGGAAAGAAGAAGAAGAAGAAGAAGAUUUAUAUUGUUUUUGCUUUGGGAAAGGCAAGCCAUGGUGGCAAUUGUGGCGAGUGUUUUUGCGUUAGUGGCGAUGGUGGCUGGAAUGUGGGAUGCUUUGUCUCAAUGGGGCAUUUUGAUAUCACUCGCGAGAGCUUGGAGGCGCGAGAAGAAUGCAAAGCUUCCAAGAGGCAACUGGUGGCUUCCCUGGCUUGGAGAGAGCCUCGACUUCUUCUGGAGGAGCCCUGACGAUUUCUACAAGACAAGAUUCUCAAGAUACGGGAGUAUCUUCCUGUCACACAUAUUUGGGAGCACGACUAUUGUGACAUCAACUCCAGAGGAGGCCAAAUUCAUACUUGGAACUCGCCACAAGCUGUUUCGUGCCAAAUACCCGACCUCAAUCGACCGGGUGCUCAAUCACCCCUUUUGGGAGGGCGAUUUCCACUGCCGAGUCCGCAAAAUUGUCCAAGCCCCCAUGAUGCCCGAGGUGCUCAAAUCCCAAAUCUCAAAGUUUGAUAGCUUGGCAACUUGGACUCUAAACACAUGGUCUCACGGUGAUCAUGUGAUCACACAUGCCGAGACUCGAAAGUUCUCGUUCCAUGUCGCGCUCUACUUGGUUUGCAGUUUGGAGCCAUCCGCGGAAUCUAUGAAAAUGCUCGACGACUACGAAUGUGUUGCGAAGGGAGCGAUUUGCUUCCCGCUCAACGUCCCAGGAACAGGAUUCCACUUGGCUCUCAAGAAGAGCAAGGUCAUACUCGAAGCACUGGACAAUAUCAUCGCCCGGAGAAGGAUGGAGAGAAGCGUCCACAACGAUAUAUUGAGCUCGCUCCUCAACUCCAGCGAUGAAAACGGGAUCAAACUCACCACCGACCAAGUCAAGAAUGUUCUCAUCACUCUCCUCUUUGCGGGGCACGAGACGACGGGGGUCUUGCUCGUUUGGAUCGUCAAGUACUUGACAGAGAAUCCUCAAGUUCUCCAUUUGGUCAAGGAGGAGCAAGAGAUCGUCAGGCAGUCCAUGGCCGAUGACAAGCAGCCGCUGACGUGGGCAAAUGUACGAAACAUGCCGUACACGCUCAAGGUCGUCCAAGAGACCCUUCGCCUCGCAAACGUCGCACCAUUCUCUCCACGGGAAAUUCUCGAGGACGUGGAAUAUAAUGGCAUCUUGUUUCCCAAAGGCUGGAGGGUACAAGUGUAUUAUCGCCACUUCCAUCUCAAUCCAGAGUACUAUAAGGAACCUCUAAAGUUUGAUCCAUCUAGAUUUGAGGUGCCCCCAAAGCCAAUGGUGUACACUCCAUUUGGGAAUGGAAUAAGGCUUUGCCCAGGGAGUGAGCUUGUAAAGCUGGAAGUACUGAUUUUCAUUCACAGGCUGGUGACAAACUACAGCUGGCAUGCAGUUGGAGCUGACAAGGGAAUUCAAUACUGGCCAACUCCCAGACCAAAAGGUGGCUAUAAAAUUAAGGUCCACAGCCAUGCCCACUCAUCAUUCUCACAAGAGCAACUAUAAUAGCUAGAUCCAGUUCAAGGACCAAUGGGAGAGAAAAGAAAAAGGCCAAAAAAACGAGGAGAGAAGCUUCUUACGAUUGAUCGAUAGAUUUUUCGGUAGCGAAGAUCAGUUCGCCGCUCGAUUCGUUCCGUCUAGGCUAGAGAAAGAAACUUGGAAACAAUAAUCCCACUGUAAGUAAGAGGAAUUCAAAGAGGCCAGGCGAAAGCAAGCCUGGAAGUUUGAGUCUCA